UAUUUUAGAGUUUUACGUCAUCAGUUUUGAGAAUUGAAAAUAGUUUCCGGGUGUAAGCCGAGCCGUGCAGGAAAUUGUUGCGUUAUUUCGCCAACCAUUAUAGAAUAGGAAAAAGUAAGAUAAUUAUUGGAUAACAUCGAUAUCGCUAACAUCGUUCUGUUUCUAUCGAAUGAUUCGUAACUUUCGUUAACCAAAGAUCAACAAAUAUGACCAUGCAGUGAAUAGAAUACGCGCUUCGUGAUGAUUGGUUCGUUCAUUCGUUACAAUCUUUGUCUACGUUUAACUUUCAAAGAAGAUUAACGUGUAGAAAGGACAGAACCAGACAGUACACAUGUGUACACGAAAUCAUCUUUUGGUAGUGUGCUAUAUUUCAAUAGCAAUGGCAACAAAAGCGGCUUGCAACGAAGCGCUAUCUGCUGUUUCACAAGGCACAAAUCAAUUUUCAUUGUCAUUAUUUCAGGCUGCGUUAGAAGAGAAUCCAGGCAAUUUUAUAAUGUCUCCUCUUAGUGCAGCUAUUGUUCUUGCUAUGGCUGCAUAUGGUGCUCGUGGAGAAACAGAAAACCAGUUUAAAAGAGUUCUCGAUCUGCCAUCUCCAGAUAGUCUUGGUACAUCUGGUUAUCAAGCACUUAUCGAUACUCUCGAUAAUGUCAAGGAAAAUAAACUUAAUCUUGCAAAUAAAGUCUUUGUAGCAAACAAAUUUUCUAUAGAACCAAAUUAUCAACAAUUAACAGAAAAUUACUUUCGUUCUAUUACUCGAGCAGUAAACUUUUCUAAAUCUCAAGAAGCUGCAAACAUAGUUAACACAUGGGUUCAGGAAAAUACAAAUGAUCGCAUCAAGAACAUUGUUACCUCUGAUGAUCUUAAUGAUAUGACAGCAUUAGUACUUGUUAAUGCAGUAUACUUCAAGGGGCAGUGGAAAAAUAAAUUUAAUUCCGAGCAUACUAAGGAUAUGCCAUUCCACGUUAAUGAGAAUACAGUGAAAAAUGUUCCUACCAUGUACAGACAAGGUUCCUAUAAGUAUGGGGAACUCCCACAUUUGAACGCGAAAUUUAUUGAAAUACCAUACCAGGGAAAUGAAUUGAGUAUGGUCAUAAUUCUUCCAAAUGAAAUUAAUGGUUUAUCGGAGGUUGAAAAGAAGUUACAAAAUAUAAAUAUUGCCGAUGUCUUGAACGAAGGAUUUAAAGGCGAUGUGCAAUUACGUUUGCCAAAAUUUAAAAUCGAAAGCAAAAUAGAGCUGAACAAUGUUCUACAAAAGUUGGGUUUAACCGAUAUGUUCACUGCGCGUGCUAAUUUUUCCGGCAUUGCUAAUGAUAAUUUGGUUGUGAGCAAAGUUAUACAAAAGGCUUUUAUCGAAGUGAACGAAGAAGGUAGUGAAGCUGCUGCUGCCACUGGUGUUGGUGUAAGGCCUCUUUCCAGCGCUUGGUCACCGCCGAAGCCCAUCGAGUUCCGCAUCAAUCGACCAUUCCUUUUGUUCGUUAAGCAUGACCAUGUAUCUUUGUUUUUAGCAACUGUGAUAUCUUGAUGUCUUUUUUUCUCAUGUUACAUAUAUAAAAAGAACCGCAAUCAAACUCAAUCCUAAAUAAUAUUCUACGAUUAAAUUGAAAGAGAUUUCCUACAUUAAACAAUAUCUCCCUUUUCUCUUUCUACGUCUACAAUUCUAGAAAUUAAAUUCGAGACAACAAUACACAUCUCGUACACAUUAUCUUGCCAAUCUUUGCUAAUUAUAAUAUAAGUUGCUCGAUCGAUUCAACCGAUUUGAAUAAAUAUAUUUUUUCAUGUUAUAAAUGUUGUUAUGCUUCUAUUGCAUUUCAUUCGGCACGUUAAGAAGAUGUGCAUGAUCAUUGAUAAGAAAAUAGAUUAAUGGAACGGAAGAAAAUGAAAGAUAAAAAUUAAUUAGGUCUGACAAUGGUCUCUCCGGAUUCUCGAAAUUAUCGAGAGUCGCGGAAUACAUAUUAACAAGACGACUAAAAUGAUAUGGGAUAUGUGAUAUUUGAUAUAGUAUAAUACAUUUUAUAAUGCUUUCCUUGUUGUGUUUUUUUUAUAAAUAAUGAAGAAAUUUACAAUUCGUAUUUAAGAAUUAUGUGCAAAUGUAAAACAUAGUAUGUAGAUAGAAAAGUAAAUAAUAUGUCCAGUCUUUGGUAUGUAUAUCGAGAUUUACGAGAUUUCCAAAAGUUAUCAAACAUUUCUCCCGAAUUCCAAGCAGUAAAAAGAAAAAAAAUUCAUAGAAAUCCGAAAUCCGAAAUCCGAAAUCUUGUAAAACAAAAUGUUCCCGUAAAACGCAGUUAUAACUUUCAAAUAUGGCGGCACGUAACAGAGCCAGUAAUUGUAUUUACGUGUAGUAUGUAUAACCUGUCUGCCAGCUCAGAAUCGAUACCGAUACUAUCGUUGAUAUUCAAUUAAUUUGAUAC